AUGGCUAGAUGGUUUGAUAUAGAUGUAGAGCCUCAUUCCCGCCUUCCUCCCGCAGUGGACCUGUACGCGCCGAGGUUCCUUGUGCACGCCGCCACGGCCGUGCUGCCCGUCAACGCUUCGGGUGUGGUCUACCGCGCGUGGAGCACCGACGAGGACCUCGGCCUCACCUGCCCCCUGGGACCCGGCGAGCCCGCGCGCUGCCCCUGCGCCGCCGUCACGUACCAGCUCUUCUCGUCCCCUGGAGACCGUCACUUCGAGCUGGACCCUGCCACGGGCGUGCUCUCCAGGCCCGCCCCUCCGUCGGCGUCGCCUUCCUCGCCGGGGGCCUACGCGCCGCUCCGGACGGGGAGGACCUACGCGUACAAGCUGAUGGUGCAAGGUCUACCUCACGAGGACCAGACCGAGGGGUUGCUCUACGACCUCCUCGACCUGAAGAUCUACGUCAGCGCCGACUACACGAGGAAGGUGCCCUGGACUUAACCCACCCCCACCCACCCACUACCCAUCCCCCACCCCAUCGCAUCUCCGAAGGCCUUGGCAAAGCGCUUCAGGCUGUGGUCUCAAAGGGCGUCAUCAAGUGGUACAAAUCAUCAUAAGUAACCGACUCCAGAACAUUUUGUGAGACACUUCAACGAAAAAGGGAGGAAGAAAAAGAAGGAAAAGCAAGAGAAGGAAGCGGAUGAAAAAGAAGAAGAAGAAUGGGAAGGUAAAGAAAGAGGCGGAGGAGGAAGAAGGAGAAGAGAAAGAAGAAGAGGGAAAAGAAAGAGGCGGAGGAAGAAGAAUAAGGAAGAAAGAAGAAGGAAAAAGACAAGGAGACGAAAGAGGGGUAAGAAGAGGGAGAUGAAGAACUACAUUGUUGGAAACUUGUAUCUCGGGCAAGUGAGGGAUCCGCAACUUUGCACAGAUGCAACAUAACUUUUUUUCUCGUGGAUGUUGAAGACAAAGUUGAAAUCCGGAUGCAUGAAUAGUUUCUUUUUUUCUUUUUUUAUGUACCUGAUCUUGGAGGUCAUUUUGAUAUAAAAAGGAGAAACGAUUUCAAUAUUUAAAACAAAAAACAAACAAAAAAAUAGCAUUAAGGAAAAAAUAGAAUUUUGUUUCUGUUGCAGAUCCUCUGUAAUUGAGUUUGGUUGAAAAGAGAUUACUGUUGCGUAAUACUGGAUGCAUCUGACCGGAAUCAAAACGCCUUUGAACUCUAUAUCUGUGCAUCUCUUCGUAGUAUUUGUUCAGGUCCGUUUACUAUCGGAAAAACGGAAGAUCCAAUUCCAAGUCAAUUUUGUUUCCAUUUCCAUUUAUUUGAUAUAUCAACCUGUGUUGAUUUUUUAUGUUUUUUUUUUUUUCUAUCUUGAACCUUCUUUCAAAAAAAGAAAAUAUCGGACUUAUAAAUUCCUUUAACCCAAUCCUCUCUUCAACCUCUAUACGAAGCAGGAACCCCUUCUCUAUAACAGAUAUACCAAAAUAAUAACAAAACAAAUAAUAAUAACAUCUGGAUUAUCCCAUGUGCCUUACGCAAGCCAUUCUAACGGGGAAAUCCGAGUAGCUUCUCCUCUGCCCUCCGGAUGGUGUAAAGGAAGCCUCUCCUCCAUUGUCAAGCAGACAACAGUUACAACACGGGACCCAAUCUCCCCAAACUGUGCUGGAUCUCAUACCACGGAGUCUGAAACAUAUCACGUGGCACUUUGUGUAGUUUCUUCUUUGUGAAAAUAGAUUGCGUGGCGUGUUAUGUGUAAUGGUAUAGUUACGAUUACUUGAGUACAGAUGUCGUUUAUAUACAGUGAGACUUUUCGGAUCCUUGGUCUUUGUAGUAAGUGGAUAGUAAGUAAGUCCAAAUGUGUCGGGUUGUUUACGACAUAGGGCAAAGCAACCUUGAUUUUUUUUUUUAACUCUCACAUCUAUUACUGUGUUUCUCUUGCAUGUAAAUAGGUCGAAGUCAUGAUGAAAAACUUUUAAUAUAACAAAUAUAAUUAAUAUAUAAGGAAAGACAAGAAAUGUUUAGAAAAUGUGAGUGCGUGACAGUGUAUGUGAAUGAAGCUUAGAUGUACUGCUAUUCCACCAAGAUAUUUUGGAUAUAUAGACCUUAUGUUUUGUUCUCAAUAUUUUGAGUUGAGGAAAAAUAAAAUUGUCAUUUUCA